GCUCGCUGGACACUGUAUCCAUCAUGGUGCGGAGCGCGUUCUCGGGUAUCCGUUAUCCGCUGCAGUUCAUAUUGGUCGUUUACCUCAUGAUGUACAUUUGGCUAUCCGCUUUCACCGGUCUGUAUGGUCACCUUGCCGCGAUCGUCUGUAACCAGCCAGUGCUCUCAUAUGUGCCUCAAGCGUAUGGCUUCUGCAAUGACAGUGUUCAAACUCCCCCGUCCGUGCCCUUGAACUUCACCCAAUCAGCUGAGGCGCAGGAGCAGUUGGGCAUGGUUUUCAGAAAAGCGGGGGAAGGCGCAAAUCUGGCGUUUCAGAUCAAGAGCAAUCAACAUGCCGUCAGAGACCUUGCUAUGCGGGUGCGCCUUAGUGAGUUGGAGAAUAGAGAAGCUAUCACACAGCAGUUGGGCCAGAUUAUCUCCACCUCGAAGCCCUUGGUUAGAAAGCUGUCUAAAUUCAGUGCCAAAGUCAACACAGUACGGAACACUGUCAUUGCAAGGGACAACUAUGCGCUGAAGACGCUCAGCUCCAUCCAGGAACUACGGCGCUCUCCGCUUAUCAACGUACUGACACUAAUCGACCCAUUUGGUCUUCUAUUGUCCCGCACUGUUCUGGCCGCGGACGAGGCAGAGCUGCGAAGAAGUUUUGUUCAAACAGUCGAGUCCAUCGUCGAGAGCAUCCCCAACCUCGUCAAGAACGCCGAGGGGCUGCUGCAGGAUCUAGACAUUCUGGAAGAAGCACACAACGCCAUUGCCGAUCUCACACAGCACUCUAAAAAAGCCAAUGACCUAUCAGCGCAGCAACGCGACAUCCUGACGAGGCUGUGGGACAGCCUGACUGGCGAGGACGCCAAUUCGCCUCUUCUCAAAGAUCUCACCGAAUAUUACGAGCAGGCAAGGGAUGUGGUUGACGUUGUGAUGGUCACACUGCGGAACGUGCAAGACAAUAUGGAAGAAUUUAGGGACGUCCAUAAGAAACAGGUAUUCGUAGAUAGUGGUACACCGCUGGAGGUGCAUAUGGGAGAAAUCCGUCGGGCGGUAGACUCCUUGAACCAGCAGAUGUCGACCUUAGAUAGGAGACAGACAUAGGUUCGUCAGGGACUCCAGGCUGAAUUCAUCUAAUCGUCUGGAACGGUAUAGCCUGUCAGUGUG